CCCCCCCCCCCCUCCCUCCUCCUUCUCCUACCCCCUCCAAUAAUCAAUCUUCCGACCACCUGCCCUUCCCACGAUGCCUCCUUACGAAUUGCGAUCUGGCGGGGAUGUCAAGAACAAGAAGCAAAGUGUCGCGGACCUCAAAUAUCGUCGUCUUACCGAACUCAACACCCGUCUGAAGGAGGAUCUGGACCGUCCUCGGGUGAAGGUCUCCGAGGCGGCCCUUUCUUUGAUCAACUACUGCAACAACACGCGCGACUUUAUGGUACCAUCCGUAUGGGGCCAGGUCGACAAGCGUGAGGAUCCCUACGCUCCCCAACAGCAGGGCGGCUGCUGCACGGUCAUGUAAUGCCGUUCAUGUCCAUUUCACCUCCGAUCGGCUGUCUACCGCCGAUUCAUUGAUAUCCCUAUCGCGAUGACUUCUACUUAAUCUUUCUUCUUCUUCUUCCUUUUCGUUCAUGUCUUUUCUCGGCUUCUCUCCAUCGAUCGACUGGCAGAUUCAAUCGUCUAGGAAGAUGCGCGAUGUCAGGCUCAGACCACCGAAGACGCGCUGGCCGGCAUACUUCGGGACGCAACAAUCAAGACAUGACGAUUCUUAUUCUUCCUUGGAUUACACUAAUACUGUGUGUUCUUGAAUUACAUUAAUGUGUGGUUCUUAUUUUACCUUUUUUUUUUCUUUUCUUUUCUUUUCAUAUUUCCAUUCAUGUUCAUCUUAUCUUGCCAUGUGAAAAUUAUUCUCUGGAUUAUUACCCUAUUUCCUUUGUCAGUGACUAGUCAGAAUAAAAUAUCUCAAAACUAAGAA